AUGGGUUCAACAGAGAAAAAGCAGCUCAUCAUCAAUGCAUUUGCGAUGCACUCGCCGAGUCACCUGAAUCCAGGACUCUUCCGCUACCCCACGGACAAAGGCGCAGACUACAAAAAUAUCAAGCAUUGGAUGGCUCUCGCCCAAAAGCUCGAGAAAGCCAAAUUCCACGCCAUCUUCUUCGCCGAUGUCCUCGGUGGCUACGAUGUAUACCGUGGGCCUGCGAACCUGGACCCAACCAUCCCUGCCGGCGCCCAGUUCCCCAUCAAUGACCCUCUAUACAGCAUCCCCGCGAUGGCAGCCGUGACCGAAAGCAUCGGAUUUGGAGUGACGGCGUCAACGACAUAUGAUGCACCAUACGCGCUUGCUCGGCGUUUUUCAACAGUCGAUCACCUGAGUAACGGUCGGAUCGGCUGGAACAUUGUCACAUCGUAUCUUGAUUCCGCAGCGAGAAACUUCGGUCUCGAUACGCAGGUCGAGCAUGACGAGCGCUAUCGUAUUGCGGACGAGUACCUCGACGUCACAUACAAGCUCUGGGAAGCGUCGUGGAGGGAUGAUGCGGUGGGCUGGAAGCAGAGUGAUGCGACACUCGAUGGUCCCGCGAAGGGUCAGCAAUAUGCGGAUCCGCGUGGUGUUCGACAGAUCAAUCACAAGGGAAAAUACUUCCAAGUUCCGGGUCCUCAUCUGUGCGAGCCAAGUCCCCAGCGCACGCCGUUUAUUUUGCAGGCUGGGACCUCAUCAGCCGGCAAGGCGUUUGCAGCUAAGCAUGCCGAGGCUGUGUUUCUUCAUGCGCAGAAGCCAGAGCUCGUACGACCGUCCGUGGAUAGUAUUCGGCAACAAGCUGCUGAGCUAGGACGGAAUCCGAAAGACAUCAAGGUUGUCGCUGGUGCUCUGGUUAUUGUGGCCGAGACGGAUGAGGCGGCGCAGGCCAAGUUCGAUGAAUUCAAGAAAUAUGGAGAUACCGAGGGUGCCUUGGCGCUGUUUGGUGGGUGGACCGGUUAUGACCUUUCAACGUAUACCGAUGAUCAGGACUUCCGGUUUGUGGAGCAGCCGGCGGUGCGAAGUAUGGUAAACCACUGGGCAAGCACGGUGCCUGGAACAGAGGGUAAGAAGUGGGACAAGAAGACCAUUGCAGAGUACCUUGUUUUGGGGGGCAAUGGUGUCAAAAUUAUUGGCAGUGUUCAGACCGUGGCUGAUGAGCUGGAGCGGUGGGUUGACGUUGGUGAUGUUGAUGGCUUCAACUUAAGCUAUGCCAGUCUUGAUGAAACAUUCGAUGACAUUAUCAAUCUCCUGCUUCCUGAGCUUCAGCGACGGGGUCUGUUCUGGUCCGACUAUGCUGUGAAGGGUGGAACAUUCCGAGAGAACAUGUAUGGGAAGCAGGGCCAAUCGAGACUGCCUGAUGCUCACCCGGGCGCGAAGUUCUUUUGGAAGAAGGGUGAAGAGGUACCGCCGUAUUCAUUGGAGGAAUCGGAAUAA